CUCACUCCAGAACCUCAGCCCUGGUGAGCACUGCAGGCUCAAGGUGGAAAGCCCCCUCCUGACUCCACAGCAGAGGUCCCCCUACUCCUCCGCCUUCCUCUUGCACUCCAGUUCACUGGGGACUGUGGUAAAACCCAAAGGGGCCCAGGUACUGCUCCCACUUAAGAGCUUUUGCCUGGCUCAUCAGUGGCCCAAGACAAAGCCCACACUUCUCAAUCAAGACUUCCCCCACCCCGCUUUCCCAUGGACCCUGAAGACUAAAGUACUGAUAGAGGAGCUGCCCUUGGGUCUAAGGGCAAGUUCUCACAGAGUACUCCCCACCCCUGCUACACCUUGACCUGUGAAACCCCUUCACUAACCAGGCACAUCAUCAGAGGUACUAACACGAAACUGGGUAAUGGGACUGACUCCAAGUUUUGAUGGGUCACAGCACUCGUGGGGUGAGAUGACUUGACAUGUUUAUCCAACAAACCUUUGCUGAGCACCCACUGAAUGCCAGGCCCAGGUCCUGGGUGCUGGCAGGAACAUCCUGCUCUCAGAAUGGCUAAACACCACUGGAACCUUGAAACUUUGAGAAGUCUGCCCUUUAGGGAGGGGUCUACUCUAUGCUGGACAUCCCCGGCCUGAUUGUGCUUUUCCCCCCAACAUUUUAUUAUGAAGAUUUUAAAACAUAAAACUUGAACUGUACCUAUACAUACCUAUACAUACCCACCACAGACUACGAUUAAUAUUUUGUUAUAUUUGCUUUACCACAUAUCUAUCCAUUCAUCCCUCUAUUCAACCAUUAAUUUGCCUUACUUUUUUGACUGAUGUGUUCUUGCAUUAGUUGAAACCCUCACACCCUUAGUAAGCCAGCCAACUUACCCAUUGCAACUUUGCACACAGGGGCCUCUUCUCUCCCUCAGUUCAAGCUCAGCCUGGAGCUCAACAAGCUGUAGCCACCAAGAGCUUGCUCACAGGAGCCCCAAGGCCUGGAGGAUGUCAGAUUUAAUGGUUGUCACCCUUCUACUCAAAACCUCUGUCACCAAAGGCUCGCCCCUUGCCCUCCUCUGAACCAGGCCCCUCUUAGGCAUUAUCUCAUCGUUAAGAGUGGGCUUUGGAGCCAGAAAGGUGAAGGUUGGAGUCCAACCACACCAUGUGCUGGUGGGAGUCACCAUCUCUUUAAGCAAACUGUGACUCCUUUUGAAAGUUGAGGAAUCACUGAGGUAUCUUAGGAUUCACAACCUGCUAAAACCCCUGUUCAGCCACAUGGCCCUUCCACAGCAGAGCUAGUAUAACAAGACAUUCCCUCCACAGGUCAGAACACCCCUGGGUGCUGAACAGGCUUCUCUGAGAGUUUGGUGCCCAAGAAGUCCAGGGAGACUUCCCUGAUCCCAGCCACCAAGUGGUCAACAUAGACCUAAUGUAACUAAGUCCUUGGAAUCCAGUGCUCCGCACUUGGGAUGUGAAAUGGUUUGAAUAGUCUGAGGCCAGGCUUUGGGAGGUGGAGGAGGUGAGAACCUCACACCUGGGCUCUUGUCUGAUAAGUCCAGGCCUGGAUAGAGGAACUUGGCCUAAAGAGACCCUUCUCCCGACUAGAGCGUGGGAGAUGGCUAUGUCCAUACAGCUGGCCUGACCUCAUACCUGGACUUUAGCCCAAGGACAAGGAGUCCUAUAAAGCCAGACCCGGUUCUCAGCCUCAUGCCUCUCACAAUGCUGCUGCUCAGCCUGAUCCUUAGCCUGAUUGUGCUCGGCUCCUCAUGGGGCUGCGGCAUUCCCGCCAUCAAACCAACGCUGAGCUUCAACCAGAGGAUUGUCAACGGGGAUAAUGCAGUGCCGGGAUCCUGGCCCUGGCAGGUGUCCCUGCAGGACAGCAGUGGCUUCCAUUUCUGCGGUGGUUCCCUUAUCAGCCAGUCCUGGGUGGUCACUGCUGCUCAUUGCAAGGUCAUCCCUGGCCGUCACUUUGUCGUCCUGGGUGAGUAUGACCGAUCAUCCAGUGCUGAGCCUUUGCAGGUUCUGUCCAUCUCACAGGCCAUCACACAUCCAGACUGGAACCCCACCAUCAUAAACAAUGACCUGACACUACUGAAGCUCACCUCCCCAGCCCAAUACACGACACGCAUCUCACCAGUUUGCGUGGCUUCCCCAGAUGAGGUGCUGUCUACAGGCCUCACAUGUGUCACCACUGGCUGGGGCCGCCUCAGCGGCUUAGGUAAUGUGACCCCAGCACGCCUGCAACAGGUGGUCCUGCCCCUAGUCACUGUGAGAAAGUGCCAGCAGUACUGGGGCUCACGUGUCACGGACUCCAUGAUCUGUGCAGGUGGCUCAGGGGCCUCCUCGUGUCAGGGUGAUUCCGGAGGCCCUCUUGUCUGCCAGAAGGGGAAUGUUUGGGUACUUAUUGGCAUCGUCUCCUGGGGCACCACCAACUGCAACGUACAUGCACCUGCCAUGUAUACUCGGGUUAGCAAGUUCAGCACAUGGAUCAACGAGGUCACAGCCUACAGUUGAUCCCACCACAUGCCCCUCCCCAUCUCAAGUCAAUAAAGACCCCAGGUUCUCCUCUUACAUCAU